AUGGCGGCAGAGCAGAGAAAGCUGCUCGAGCAGCUCAUGGGCAGCUCCGCGACGUCGCGUGAGUCCCAGCUUUCCCUGGACGACCCCAAGGUCUGCCGCUCGUUCCUCGUCGGCACCUGCCCCCACGACCUCUUCACCAACACCAAGCAAGACUUUGGGCCCUGCGGCAAGGUCCACGCCGACGGCCUCAAGGUCGAGUAUGAGGCCCUGCCUGAGCGCGAGAAGCAGAGGCAUGGGUUCGAGUAUGACUACAUCCGCGACCUCCAUAAGUACCUCGACGACUGCAAUCGCCGCAUCGACUCUGCCCAGAAGCGCCUUGAAAAGACGCCCGAGGAGAUUCGCCAGACCAAUGAGCUGCUCGAGAGCAUCGCCGACCUCGAAGAAAACAUAAAGAGCGGCCUCCACGAGAUCCAGGUUUACACCGAGCAGGACCUCGUGUCCGUCGCCAUUGACGAAUGGUUCAACCUCAAGGUCAUGGCCCAGGCAAAGGCGGAUAAGGAAAAGGAGCUUAAGGCGCUCUCCGACACGUCCGGCCCCUCUGGCCACCAGAAGCUCCAGGUCUGCGACGUCUGCGGCGCCUACCUCAGCCGCCUUGAUAACGACCGUCGCCUGGCCGAUCAUUUCUACGGGAAAAUGCACCUGGGCUACGCCCAGAUGCGCAAGGCCUAUGAGUCGUUCCCCAAGGAGAUGAAGAGCCGAGCGCGCCAACAGCCCCUCAUGGACGAAGACGGCCCCCGCGGGCCCAAGGGGAUGGGCGGCUACAGAGGCUACAAGGGAGGUGGUAGGGGCCAUCGCAGCGGCUAG